AGUAUAUUAUUUGUAUUUUAUUAUCUGUGUAUUUUGUUUGUCGUCAUAUUAGUUUGGGUUCGUAUCUUCAUCAUCAAGCCUUGGAACAUGUGGCUUGGAUUAUUGGUGUUGGCCAAUAUUUGGAGAUGUAUAGUCUGCAGCGAUGUGAAUGGUGCUUUCAAUGGGAACGCUCAGUGGGGCUGGCAUAUGCAGUCUCAGGGUCCAGACACCAUUGGGCACUAUUAUGUCAAACUACCCGAGGCAGAGCAGCAGGUCCGGUACGUAGCCGAUGGUAGCGGCUACCACAGCGCCCUGGCGGUCACCACCAACGAUCAUCACUCCAGGUUCGCGUUGGGAGAACGUGCUCUAGAGCUGCACAGUGGGAUUCCAUACCAGAGCUUCGGUUCAGAGAUUCCAAAUGAAACCCAAGAUAUAAGUGCCAUAUCUAAUCUGCGAAAUGUACAGAGUCCACUUGAUAUUUUCUUACUCCAAACCCACUUUCCUGCUCCAUCAGAACAAAUCCUUCAGAUAAUACCAGAUCAAGUACAACAUCUACAAUACAAUGGUCCUAAUUUUUACUAUCACGAUCCUAAUUAUUACAACAAUAUUGGCAAAAAACAAAAAAGUGAAGCUAACUCUAAAAAUGAUGUCAGAUACAAAGAAAGUCAAUUUGCAUCAAUCAAUAAUAAGAAUAGUGAUAAUAUUGAAGUUGUAAGAGUAUUCAAAGACCUUAAUUGCACUAAAGAUCAUCAUAGAAAAAAACCCGUGAAGGAACCCGUAACAAAUAAAAUUUAUCAAGGCACUGUUCACUAUAAUGUAGAACCGUCGAGAAACAAUGCUAGAACCGAGCGACUUUAUUUCUCUAUACCAGAAUCUACUACACCUAAAGCAGUAACAUUUACAGAAGAAGAAGGAAUUGCAAGACUUGUAGCUUCUACCCAAGAUUUAAUAUCUAAUGAAGAUUUACUGAGAAUCAACCAUGCAGCGGAAAAACUCGUUUACUCAAAUAACGAUGAUUUAAUCAAACCAAAACAACGGUAUAAAGUACGGUCGAAAUUCAUCGAUUCAAAACAAAAAGUGCCAAAGAGCCAUAUAACAGUAUCAAAUGAGAACGGUGACAUAGUAAAUACAAAAACUGAACAUGAAAAUGAUCAAAACUUUUCAAGUAAUAUUGAAUAUAAAUUCAAAUCUCCUAUCGUUGUUGCUGAAACUAACAACGAAAGGGAACAAACUAUAAACAACUUUGUAUCAUCUCUGGUUCCAUACAUGGAAAAUGGAUAUGAACUAGUGGGAGUGAAAAAUACAGUAGAUGAAAAUGAUUUCGGAAGCUCAGGUGAAGAUUCUAUUAACAAUACACCAAGACCUGUUGGUCAGAAUUACUUAACCCCAAUAACAGUAGCUUUAAGUCUACUCAAUUCAAAUAACUCUACUGAAGAUUACGAAAUAUCAGAAAGUGAAAACAUUCCUAGAUCUGUAAAACCCAAAAAUGAAAAGACGGUUGUUGAAAUUCAACAAUCUAUACCUAUUGAAAUAACUCAUAUAAACGAUGUUGAAUAUCAUCAAUAUUUAGAUGAAGGAAGAAGUAAUAAUAGAAACUCUUUUAAUGUUGGACGGGAAAUAUUUAACCAAUAUAUGUCACAGUUAUCUAACAACAGGCAGACAAUACAAAAUAAUGAUGAUUCCAAAGAGGAUAGUAAAACAAAUGAUAAUAUAGAAUCAAGUAAUGACUAUUCUGCAGUUCAUGUCGCACCGGGCGCAGAAAAAAGUAGAGAUACUCAUGACAAUUUUCAGCAUCGCGAAAAAUCUAGCGUAAUUCAACCGAUUGUAAUCGAAAAAGAAGUGCCGGUGACGAAAUUCGUGGAUCGUUUUAUUGAAAAGCAUGUUCCUUAUCCUGAGCCUGUAGAAGUGGUAAAACAUGUCGACAGAGCAGUCCCAGUUCCAGUACAUUACGAACACAUAGUAGAAAAGCCAGUAGAAGUAACAAAGUACGUUGAUAAGCCAUACCCUGUGGAAGUUUAUAAGCCGUAUCCUGUAGAAGUGAGAAUUCCUUAUCCCGUAGAGCAUAAAGUAUAUGUGGAUAGACCUGUUCACAUACCUUACCCAGUGGAAAAAGUGGUUGAGAAGAACUACAUACAUCCAAUAGGUGUCCCAACUCCCGUAGGUAUCCCUUACGGAGUUCCAGUUGAGAGAAAAGUCCCCUACCUAGUCUCUAUCGAACGACAAGUACCCGUCGCAGUAGAAGUUGAGAAGCCGGUUGAAAAAAUUGUUCACAAAGAGAUCCCAGUACCUUACCCAGUUGAAAAAAAAGUCCCUUACCCGGUCCCACACGAAGUUCAAGUACCUGUGCCCUACCCGGUCGAAAAAAGAGUUCCAGUUCCAGUGGAAAGAAUUGUGGAGAAACCAGUUACAAAAAUUGUUGAGAAACAUAUAAAGGUGCGCGUUCCACAUCCAGUGCCGAUCGAAGUUCAUGUUCCGAAACCUUAUCCAGUCGAACGUAUAGUUGAGAAAAAGGUACCAUAUCCUGUCCAUCUAGAACGAAUAGUAGAAAAGAAAGUACCGUAUCCAGUGAAAACAUAUAUAGAAAAAAUCGUAGAAAAACCUGUUAUUGUAACUAAAUACGUUGACAAACCUUAUCCAGUCGAGAAAAGGAUACCGUACCCUGUUGAAAAAAUUGUAGAAAAAAGAAUUCCGUACCCAGUUGAGGUGCCUGUAGAAGUCAAAGUCCCUUAUCCGGUUGAAAGACAAAGACCCGAAACGCCAUAUCAAUUCGAAAAGGUUGAUCCUACCGUUUACUACACCUAUGGACUGACAACUGGGAACUAUAACUACAUACCCGAACAGAAAGUUAGAACAUUACAGCAGAACGUGAACAAAUACAGAAGUCAACAACAGGCCGAAAGCCAGCAACACUAUCAAACGCAAAAACCUGAAGAACUUCAGAGAAAAUAUGUAAAUUACUGGGGAAACCAAUACGCAUCUUCGUACACUUAUUUUAACUCCAGCGAACCUCCAAGUGUAGUAAACCAGAACUAUUACGGGCCAGUACCAAAUAAAGAAUACAAUAACGCAUGGGAAAGGAAUAAUGAUAGACGUAGGACUGAUAGAGAACUUAAGAUCAGUAAUUUGAGAAUAGAGUAUGGAGGUUUUAAGCCACCUCUGAUACCGAGUACAGAAAUAGAUUUAGACGGACAACCGAUUAACAAAGACUCAUAAAUAUAUUAAUUUGAUAACGCUUAAGGCAGGGAGGAUUAUUCUAUAUUAUAAUUACAAAUUAUAUUAAAUUAUACUUAUUAAUUAAUUGUAAACUAUAAAACUACUCAAAAAGUUAUUAGUAACAGUACUACAUACACUGUAAAAAAAUUUUGUAAAAAUUUUUUUAUUAUCCGUCCAUAUCAAUAUUUUGUAUAAAUUACAACUUUUUGCUUGUUCUGUGUUCAGUCUGUGCUUCAGUCUUCACUCAACCUCGCACAUAAUAUAAUGUAUUAUUGCUAGCUCUACACAUGGUUAUACAUUGCUUAUCUAUUAUUAGUAUUAUUAUAAGUAACUACUAUAUUGUAUAUAAGUAUUAUGUAAUUUGGAUAGCAUUCGGCGGUAUUGUAUCAGUAGGAUCUAGGUACCCCUUUUAGUUUGUACUGUGUGCCAUUCCUUUUGAUUUUGAAAAGAUAUUUUAAUAAUAUAUAUUAUAUACACGUAUUUGUAGGUA